AUGGCCUCUGAUUCCAAACUCCGUAAGUAUUUGACAGUUUAUGUACAUUAUAAUGGUUUAUUCGCACCAAAACCAUUAGUGUACUUGAACGCUGUUGUUGUUUCAAUCUCUGAUGUCGAUUUUGGUGCAAUGGAUCUCAAAGAGUUUAAGUUGUUCGUUGCAAAGUUGAUUGAAAGCAGUUGCGAUAAUGUAUAUUACUGCACUAGAAAUGAACCAUUGGCAGAGGGUAUUAGGAGAAUUGGGAAUGAUGCUGACUACUAUGAGUUUAUUGAAACGGGUUAUAGUGAUGAAGCUGGUCUAACAAUGAAUGUGUAUAUAGACCACGAAAAUGAAGCUGUACUUGAUUGGGCUGAUAUGGAAGUACUAGAAGAUGAUGAAGGGCAUUAUUAUGAGCCAGAUGUGGAUGAUGAUAAAGAUUCACAACUUUCUGAUGAUAUUCCAUAUGAGCAUGAAGUAGAUGGUUACAUUCCUUCUCUUGACAAGACUGUUGGUGAUGAAUUCUUACACCGGGUGUCAGGUAUUUCUAAGGAUAAAAAUGAUGAGCUUGAAACUGAUGAGGUUGAAACCAACAAUGGGGAUGACAAACCAGUGUACCCUAUCCAUAAUGAGAACCGGAAAUGGGACAAAAUGGUGCCAAUUCUAGGUAAAGUGGAACCAGUUCAAGUGGAUCCAGUUCAAGUAGAUCCAGCUCAAGUGGAUCCAGUUGAAGUAAAUCCAGCUCCACAUGUUGAACCAGUUGAUGAUCCAGCUCCACAUGUUGAACCAGUUCAAGUAGAUGAUCCUGUUAAUGAUGUCCCUGCUCAACCAGUUGCAACUAGGCAGAGGAUACGAAAAUACUCAGAAAGAAUUACCAAGAUAGGGUUGAGGAGGAAGGUUUUGAAGAAAGAAGGAAACACUGAUCACCACCCAAUGGUGUUGGAAUGA